AUGGCAGACUCUCAGAAACCCGCAACACUGCUGUCAAAGCCGUUUUAUGUGCUCAGUGGUUCCUUCAACUUCUCCAACCGGGACCACGCAAGAUGGUGGUAUAGCACAGCCCCGAUGUUCGCUGCCAUGAUGGCAAGAGCCAACUACGACGUUCACGCUCAGUACAAGUUCCUCUGCAUCCACCGUGAGGUGUUCAUUCCAGCAUUGGGCCCGUAUCCUGAAAGGGGUCAGCCCAUGCGCUGGAAGAGCCAUCUGACGCGCUUCGGUCUUCCCUUCGAAUUGAGUUUCAAUUACUCCAAGUCGCUGUUACGGUUUGCCUUCGAACCCCUCGGCCCCCGAACAGGAACAGUGGAAGACCUGUUCAACACUCAGGCUGCCGGUCCUGUUCUUCAGGUCCUCAAAACCAUGGUUCCGCGGCUGGAUCUUGAAUGGUUCGAUCAUUUCACGAAGGCAUUGGUCGUAUCCGACGAAGAGACCCGAUCUCUAUACGAGGCAAACAUUCCCAUUCCCGUCUUCAAAUCACAGAUUAUCCUAGGUGCCGACCUGGCGCCGUCCGGGGACAUGGUCUUGAAGGCCUACGUCUAUCCUCGGAUCAAGUCUAUUGCGACCAGCAUGCCGAAAGAGACGCUCAUGUUUGACGCAGUCAAGGCGGUUGACUCGGAGAGAAGACUUGCCCCGGCAUUGUCGAUCUUAGAGGAGUUCAUGGCUGAGCGGGCCCCAACCCUCAUCGGCCACUUUCUCUCCUGUGAUUUAGUCCAACCCUCUGACUCUCGAAUCAAAGUCUACUGCAUAGAGCGCCAACUUAACCUGGCUUCCAUAGAGAACAUCUGGACUCUGAAUGGGCGACGAAUGGACACAGAGACAAUGGAGGGACUGCAAAUGCUCCGGGAGUUGUGGCAGCUCUUGCCCAUCACGGAGGGUUUGUGCCCACUGCCGGACUGCUUCUACGAGCCCGGUACCUCGCCGCACGAGCAGCUUCCCUUCAUCAUCAAUUUUACACUUUCCCCAAACAACCCUCUUCCCGAGCCUCAGAUUUAUUUCCCUGCAUUUGGUCAGAACGACAAAAUUAUUGCAGAGGGCCUGGCAACGUUCUUUGACCGCAGAGGAUGGGGUGGCUUGGCUCAAAGCUAUCCAACAGACUUGGCGGCGUAUCAUACGGAUGUCUACCUGGGCACCGCAAAUCAUCUGCAGGCGUGGGUCUCGUUCUCCUAUAGGGAGAGGAAACCAUACAUGAGUGUCUAUCUCCACGGUGUCGACACUUGCGGUGUCUACCAGGAGGCAAUUUCUGUCACGAAGGAUAGGGCCACUGAUUCUUAA